AUGUCCACAACAUUCCUUGGUAUUGUCAUUCAUUUUGCCAAUCCUUUGAAUGGCGAGAAUCAGAAAUUACUUCUCGGAAAGAAAAUCAACAUUAACGAUUAUGAUCACUUGAUCACUCUGAUAAAACAAAAGAUUAAUGAGAGUAAUUCAUCAUCGAGUAUUGAAUAUAAUUUUUAUAACGUCUUGUUGGAGGUGGAAGAUGUAAAUAGUAAAGGAUCGUUUCAUAGGCUAACGAAUUUUGAUGAAUUAAUAACAAACAAAGACAAGGCUAUACAAAUUAAAGUUUCAUCAGUUGAAAUUGUUUCAAAGAGUAAAGAAGCUAAACCAACAGAAACUUCAUCUCCUACCGAUCAAUCAUUAACAUUCCGAUUGAGUCAAUGUGCCAAUGAUGAAUUUACUGAUUAUCAAGAGGAUUUUGAAGAUAAAUUAAUUUAUGGAGAUGAUUUAUCGACAGUGGAAAAUAAUGCACAAGCACAGAGAACUGCCAGAUGGAAUGGAAGAUACGAACCAACAACACUAUUGGGAUCUGGAACUUUUGGAAAAGUAUUUCUUUGUGGAGAGUAUGCAUUUAAUGGUACUCAUAAAGGAACUGUUGCUGUGAAAUUGAUUAAUUUAUUAGGAACUGUUGAAGAUUUCAAUAGGAAAAUUAAGGAAGCCCUCUUCAUGUUAAAAUUGAAACACGAUUCUAUUAUGCCAUGUUUGGACUUGUUUGAAAUUUAUGAUAAGGAUACAACAGAACAAUCGUUGGCAAUUGUGUCUCCAUAUUAUAUUCAUGGUGAUUUGAUGAAACAAUUGCAAACACAAAAGGAAAAGAAGGAACCACUUCCAGAGGAAAUUAUUUUUUCAAUCACAAAAGAUAUACUCAGUGCUUUAACAUAUUUACAUUCUAAUGUUGGUGUGGCACACAGAGAUAUUAAACCAAAUAAUAUUUUCUUGGAAAAGAUCAAUUUGGGAAGGAAAACAGUCAAGAUGGUUCUUGGAGAUUUUGGAAUAGCUCGAGAAAUGACAAGUGAAACAAUGAAAAAUGCCACAACUGCAGGUACACCACUCUAUCUUGCUCCUGAAGUCAAUUUUGGUAAUUACAAUUUCAAAUGUGAUAUUUAUUCAUUAGGUGUUACCCUAUAUCAAAUGCUAAGCUUGGAUUUGGAAACAAAUUUGAUUUCAAAAUGUUUUUCAAACCAUCCUUUAGAUACAUUACAACAAUCUUCCAAUGCCAAGUACAUUUCUGAUUACACAGAACAAAUGAUUAUGAGAAACUAUCCAAAAGAAACCAAAACACUGAAGAAACUGAAAGGUAAGCAAUUCUCUUAA